AUGUCCGCAGACCACACACAUCGAGUCCAUGAUGCCGAUACUCAGCACCAACACUGGAAACCGCCGGUGUCGGAAGACUACCCGGACUUCCGAGAGUACCCAGAACUUCACGUACCACGAAGACGCCGUAUCCCUAUCAUUCCUGACCUCCGGCUCGAGCAAGGCUUCUCGAAAAUGAUGCAGCCAUACAUUCACGUACUCCGCGACCCCGCAAAUGACAAGGGACAGGAAAUAGCAUCCGAGGGUCUGGGCGGAGCGGUAUCGAAUGAGAUUAUUGAAAUACAGUGGGGAAGGGUUGCUUGGAUCACAGCGAGGGAGUCUAUUAUCAGUCCGUUGAUACAAGGGUCCAUCAGGAUACAAUUCCCUGUAAGCAAUUCUACCACACCGACGGUAACUGCCGUGGUAGUUCGCGUGGUCUCUGGGGCAGCGCGCUGA